UAUUUUUCUUUGUAAUACAGAGGGGCAGGAGUAGGAUAAAAUGGAAAUACCCAAGUGCCAUACUUGUAUUCAAGGACAGUACUUGGGUGAUGACAGCUACAAUAAAGGGACCUUUACAUUGAGUGUACUUUUAUUUUUGCACUCAUCAUAGAGGUACCUAUUUUUUAUAUUAGCAGUAUUAAUUAAAACAACACACUAUACAUCAGGUACAGUGUGCUGUAAGCUGAACACUUGUAGGCACAACAUCCACUGAGCAUGCGCAGAACGGUUAGUCGCCUGUAUUCGUUCCCAGACAUCAUCACAGGUUGAACGGAACAUCCUCUUCCACACGCAGGGAUCUUUAUCGUUUAUUUGUGCUCCUUUUUUUCCUCCCCUCCUCCUCCUCCUCCUCCUCUUCCUCCUUCUCCUCCUCCUCGCUGCCGCUGCGGUGUGAAAACAAACAAACACGGAGGGAGCAGAAGCCAUAAGAUGAAGAAACGUUAUGUGGACGCGAACAGGCUACGGAAAAUGAAAAAGCUGAAAAUAACGGAGAGGCUGUCUGAAAGGUAUCCAGCUCGGCGCGGGCUGCUUUUGUUGUGGUGCCCGUCUUUGUGUGAAUCUCAGCCGUCGUCACCUGUCUGCCUCCCAUCCCAUCACUUCAUCUCACGGUUUAAUGUGCGAGCCGUUAUGGGCCUCUCACGGGCGGCUUCAGUGCGGCUUUGCCACGGAUACAGAAGCGUAGAAAUGUUGUGCUACUUCUCCCGACAUUUGUUUACGGAAAGACAGAAAUCGGCAGCAUGUGCAAGUUAACGUCGGCCUGCUUCUCCUCAGGCUGUUUAAUCUGCUUUUACACUGAGUCAUGUGGCCAAACCUGCAUACACCGUCCUGAAGUUUAUGAUGAUGUGGACGCUGGUGCUGCUGGCGGAUUUCAUUCUCGAAUUCAGACUGGAGUAUCUGUGGCCAUGCUGGCUCUUCUUUGGGAGUGUAUACACCACUUUUCACUGCCAUGGGCUGGUUAUUUGUGUUGUUUUUGUUUGUGCUGCCUUCACUCUGGACAUCUUUUGUUUAAUUUUUGUUCCUUUGCACUGGCUGUUUUUUGUGGCAAGCACCUAUGUAUUAUUCAAUUACAUAUGGCACACGGAGAAAGGCAUCUGUAUAUCGACGGUGUCCCUCUGGAUUCUGCUCGUGUACACAGAGGCUUCGCUUCGACUCAAAGACCUUAAAACCUCUCAUGCCAACCUGUCUCAUCUUUUCGCUGCGCACUGCAUUGGAUAUCCUGUAGUGUAUCUGGGGUUUUAUGCCACCUGCUAUUUCACCAACAUCUUUAAGCUCCGCAUACAGAAGGCAGUACAGAGUGAGAAUGACUUCCACAUGCACCUGCUGCAGCACUCGCUCCCUCCAGGCCUGCAGGUCUUCCCCAAGACUGGCACAGAUGGCAGCAGCAGCUCAAAAUGGAAGACAAAGUCUGAGUCGACUCAGUAUCAGUGUCAGAACGGUGCUGUAGUGGCCCAUGACGAGGGACACACUGUGGACUGCCUCCAGAUCCGCACUGAGGAGAGAGCGCCGGAGAAGGGAGCACAGGAGGUGAGGUCAGCUGAAUCAAACCGGCGGCCAUCAUCAUCCAAACCUGGUGAGUCCAGAGAUUUUCCCCACUGUGGGGCAGGAGGGCCAGAAUCCACUACAACCCCGGAAAAUCUACCUCAAGACGAGCAAGGAAGCAAAGCCACACGGGCGGCUAAAAGCUCCUCGCCAAAAGCCCGCAGAGGCAGCACAAACACUCCUUCACCACCUGCAGGGAGGACUGAGAAGAAACAGAGAUCCAGCUCCAAGACAGUCAGCCCCAACCGGGAUGUGACAGACAAGAGUGCAGCAGCAGCUCAGAAUUACCAUGCUGAACAGAUGAACAAGCUGGAGCAGGAGCUGAGGAGGCUGAAGGGCGAGCUGCAGACGAGCAGGCAGAACGAGCAGGAGCUGCGAAGUCACAUCUGCAACUUGACCAACAGCGAGAGGAGCCUGAGACCGGAGGUUUCCCUGCUCAGGCAGUCCAACAUGCUGCUUCAGAGCAAGAUUCUUUGUCUGACUAAAACCAAGCAGAGGGACAAACAGAGCAGUGCAAUGCUGGAGAAGAAAACCAGAGCGGAGACGGAGGCCAGACUCUCAGCUGAGAAACAGCUGGCCGAGCUUCAGGCUCAGAAACUGGAGGAAGCAGCCAGCACAGCACGGAGUCUAACAAACAGGCAGGAACACUGUGAAACCCAAAUGUUAAGGAAAAGAGUUAAAGAGCUAGAGACAGAGUACAAACAACUACAGCUGGACUAUCAAGUGAAAGAGAGUCGUGUGGUAGAUCUAGAGAGUGAUGUUGAGGCUUUGGGGAAGUACCGCUGUGUGGAGAAAGAGACAGACAUGCUGCUGUCCACUCUGUCAGCCAUGCAGGAGAAAGCUCAACAUCUGGAGUACAACCUGAGCGCCGAGACUCGCAUCAAACUGGACCUGUUCUCUGCUCUGGGAGACGCCCGCAGACAGCUGGAAAUCGCUCAAGAUAAAGUGAUGAAGCAGGACCGGGAGAUAAGGGAGAUGAAACAGAAGAUUGCGGAGGUGAUGGCUGUCAGUCCCGGCGUAUCCUACACGGCCCCUCGGCCUCCGGUGCCGCAGUAUCUCACCAAGUUACUCAACUCUGAGCGCUACAUGCUGAAUCCACGAGCGCUGAUGUACCAGUGUCUGAAGAAAUAAAGGAUGUCUCUGCCUUUUUCAGCUCCUCAGACCUCUUUGGCAGACCCCAUUAGCCAAAAACGCUUUGGCUAAUGGAUUUUACUACAGAGCUAAACGACACCACGAGGUCAUCUUCCAGCAGUGGGUGCAACCGGAACGACCCUCCACGAGUCGAAUGCCUUUUGUCGCGCAGAUGGUGCUAACGUGACAAUAUUUUAUAUAUUUCUCAAUUCAUCACACAUGAAGGUCUGACUCCAAAAUAAGAUACCUGAUAUGCAGAGCUGCUGUAGGCACAAUUUUUAUGAUGAGAUAAAGUCAUCCUAACAACAUAAACCAUCUUCACGGGAUGCAGCAGAGAAAAGCACAACAUUUCUUCAGAUUCAGUGGAAGAGUGGUUUUAUCUCUUCACUGGAGACAUGAGUGUCUCCUAAACUACUGUCUAUGCUUUGUUCAAAGAAAGAGGCCCCAAAAAAAUUAGCUCAGAUUAGAAACAUGAAUGUUUAUUCAUGUCACGGUUCAACAUUUACAGGUAGAUCAAUAUUGCUACCCCAUGGACAAGCCACAAACAAGUUAUCUAGUGUAACUUUAAAAGACCUGAUGGGUCUGUACAAUCUCUUUCCCGGCAUCAAAGUAGGUUUUUAUGUUCUAAUAAUUUAUUAGAACAAAACAAGCCAACAGUCCUAUAAACAGCAGACAUUUAGACUCGUGUCCCGGUAAGCCAUGACAGUGUGACACUGAGCCAGCAUGCACAGUGCCCGUACAGGGCCCUGAAACUGAAGCAGCUAAAUGGAAUCCAGCCAGUGUUUGUUUUAUUAUGCUUUUCCUAUUGGGACGUUUCAUCUGCGGAAAAGACCGUUUUGCAUUGUCGGAUGUAAGAUUUCAUGCUGCGACAGAUUUUAGCAAAACGUGUUCAUUUAGAUGUGAAAACUGUGAACCAUAUCUCAAUACAUGCCUCAACAUAAUUAUAGAGAUAUGACAAAUUAUAAUAAAAAUAUUGCAUUACCUCUGAGCCCUAGCGUCAGCAGCUAUGUUUAUGGGCUUCCUUUGAAUUGUAAAAAUAAAAUAUGUUUAUUUGACUAGAUACAAAUGUUAAGUUCAAACAAUAUUCUGUAUACCUACAAAAAAUAAAUAUAAUUAUUAUCCGACAAUAUCAGCAUAACCUAAAUUUUUAAGGCAAGUCUGCAACAAGAUUCCAUGUCUGGGCCUGUAAAUAGUGGAUAAUUUGAAUUGUGCUGAAAUUCAGAUGAAAGU